AAAAAAGUUACUAGAUUUCAAAAUUUGAAUAGUAUCACAACGGUAACUCAUUGUAAUAUUAGCUGCUAUCGAGACAAUUGGGCUGAAACCCUUGACCGACUACCUGUCGUUAUUUGGCGGCUGGCCGAUGACAUUGGAUCAUUGGGACGAGUCAACUUUCGAUUGGAAAAAAGCAUCGGCAUCAGCUUUCACUACUUUCAACUUGCCAUUACUAGUCGACUUUUACAACGAUUUGGACAGCAAUAAUACUCAACAUACUGCCAUUUAUGUCGACCAGGAGUCGCUCUCUUUGCCGCGCUCAAUUCUGGUCGACUUAAAUGACAGUCCAGUCAUUGCAACGGCAUACAUUGAACUUACGAGGAGAUUAAAACCAUGAUCGCAAAUUUGAAAACGGCUUUUAAAUCUCUUGUCAGCGACGCAACGUGGAUGGAUUCAGACACAAAAUCAAUAGCCAAAGACAAAGUCGACGCCAUGAUCGAAUUUGUCGGCUACCCGCCGUGGAUAAAGAAUAAAAAGUCCGUUGAAGAUUAUUAUAACGGGAUUUCGAGAACCUCGACUGGUUGCCAUUUCUGCAACGUUCAACUAGUUUCGGCCUACGUCAACAAAAUUGAACUUGCAUCUCUACGUAACAAACCUGAUCGGAACCGAUGGAAAGAGAAACCCACGAUUGUCAACGCUUUCUACUCCAUCACCACCAACUCCAUUACUUUUCCGGCUGGAAUUCUACAAGCUCCUAAUUUCACAAAGGGACGAUCAGCGGCAAUAAAUUACGGCGCUUUGGGUAGUAUGAUUGGUGAUGAAAUCACUCAUGGAUUUGACGACCAAGGUCGACAGAGCGAUAAAAACGGCAAUACGGUUCAGUGGUGGACGGAGAAAACGCUAGAAAAGUAUCAAGUGAGAGCCAAAUGCUUCAUUGAUCAAUACUCCAAUUACACCGUCCUCAAUAGAACCAGAUUAAACGGAAUCAACACCCAGGGCGAGAACAUUGCGGAUAAUGGAGGAGUCAGAGAAGCUUUCAGGGCUUACCGCUACUAUGUGGCAGCAAACGGAGGCACCGAUUCCAGUAAAUUUGAAAAUCUGACUCCCGAACAAGUUUUCUUUCUGGCCUACGCCAACAGUUUCUGCGGGGCUAAUACUCCCGAAGAGUUAGGCAACCUCGUGGAAACGGAUCCUCACAGUCCGCAUCGCUUCCGCGUCAUCGGAACGCUGUCGAAUAAUGAAGAUUUUGUACGCGAAUUCAAAUGUGGCGCCGGCACUCCAAUGAAUCGAUUAAACAAAUGCGUUCUUUGGUAAAAAGUCGAUGUUGAAUGAUUGGAAAGAAUAAAUUUCUGUUUUCUUUAGUAA